UGGGAUGUCGCGGUGAUGGCAUCCCGCGUGGCUCGUCCCUCAGGGGUUGGGUUUUGGUGGCCCGGCUCUGGGGGCACCAGAAAUGCAAACCCCACAUGAAGUACAACAAGCUCAACUGAGCCCUCAGAUAUUACUACAACAAGAGGAUCCUGCACAAGACCAAGGGCAAAAGAUUCACCUACAAAUUCAACUUCAACAAGCUGGUGAUGCCCAAUUAUCCCUUCAUCAACAUCCGGCCCAACGCCAGCCUGGAUAAAAAAAGCCAAAACCUGGGAGCAAAUCCCGGCUGCAGUGGGGGAUGUGGGCUCAGGGUUUAUCUUUCCCCGGGGAUUGUUGGGAUUUGUGGGAUAAGAGGAUCAGCCUUGGGAUGCAAUCCUGGCGUGGCUCAGGUGAGUUUAUGGGGCCUUGUACAAAUCCACGGCUUUUUCUCCCUUCUCUCCCCCUUUUCCCACUCCUUUUCAACCAGAAUUUGCUCUUUUUUAACCCGUUCCUGCCCCAGAGUUGGGAGGAAUUCUUUAAGGAUUGCAGCGGUCCUGGAGGAAACCAGGAAUUCCUUGGAUUUUGACUAAAAAUCAUAAAUAUUUCUCUGGAGGAGAGAGGAUAAUGAGGAAGAGUUUGGGAAUGGAGCAUAAAUGUCCCUUUUUUGCCCUAAAAUAGUUUUGCCAGGUUUAUCCUGGAGUCAGCAGCGGUUUCUUGGGAAAGGAGUCUUUCCAAGGGGAUUUUCAAUGGAAUUAAAGCCCCUAAGAGCCAAAUUCCUGCAGCUGGGGGAUUGUCCCCUUCCAGGCACGGUGGGAAAAUGAAUCCAUAAAAACAGAAAGCUCCUCUGGAAGUCGAUAUUCCCAGAAAUUCCAAACUUUUCUCCUCACAAAAUCUCGAUUUAGAGGAGCUGGGCCUGGCACACUCUGCUGCAGGCAAAGCCUG